AUGUCAGUAGCAGCACAAAAACUUCCCCCUUUACCACCACUUUAUGAAUGCAUAAAUUGUGAAAUGAGUGCAGAAGAUGUUUCUUCUUCAAUGACUUCUGGAUGUAGACAAAAUAAAUGUAAAGGCCAUUUCUGUGUUUACGCAGCCCAAAGAAUAUUUUCCAACAAUUGGUCAACCAAUAGAAAUGGAAAUAAUAAUGGACAACAAACUUCCCCUUCCCCAAAAAUGCACGAAAAACGUGGCUGUAUAAACGUAACAACGCCUACUUUUGUUCAACUUGGAUGUACACACAAAUGGGUACAGAAUGAAUUGGAAGAGAUUUAUUGUGCUUGCAAGGGGAAUACUUGCAAUUUCGACUUGGCAACAGCUAGUCAGUCUUUGGCAGAAAAACAACUAGUAUCACCUUUAAAGCUCAUAUUUUUUUCUGUUAUUUUUAUUUAUUUUUUACUCAUUUUUUUAGUGCCUUAAUUUCUUAAAAUAAAUUUCUUUUUUGAAUUUUUUCGAUAUAAAAAAAUGAAAAUCGGAGGUACGGGUACCUCACAAAUCCUUCAAGUGAAUUCAAACGAGGUCAACAAUGAUUGGAAAGAAAAUGACUUGGGGAUUCACAAAAAUUUAAGGAAAGGAAUCAAAAGAGGAUUAA